CCAAAACGAUAGUGCUGAAAUUUGGUCGUUAAAAUUAUGUUCGUAAAUCAUCAGCCUUUUACUUUUGAUUUUUUACUUCAUUACUAAAAUGUCGUAAUACUGUUUUACACAUAACACUUUGAAAAUGUGUAAAUGUCGUUAACUAUGAAAAUGUUGACAGUAUUGUAUUAUAGUUUGUUUUAAAUCGGAUAAACUUUGGUGUAACCUUACAGAUAUAACACAAAAUAUUGUUCAACGAUGGAUUUAAAACAAGGUUCAAGUACUGAUUGGUGUCCAGAUGAUUUUGAUCAAGAUGAUGAUAUAAAUAGACCAGGGCCUUCAGGAAUGAAACACAACACGGGUCAUUUUGUGAUUGGUGGUAUGAAGUUUAAAAAUAUUGACUUCAUUAAAGAUACGUUCACAGAUGAUAAUAUUGUAUUAACAGAUACCAACGGCCGUCCAUUUGAUGUAUUAACCAACAAUGAUAUGCAUUCCAUGACAGUUCUUGAUAAUCAAGCUACAGAUUUUGGAAUGACCAAGCACUCACAAACUGUAAUGUUACCAGAAUACAACAGCAUGUCAGAAGUGGAGGCUAUGGUAUCCAUACCAGAUCAGUAUUUUCAAAAUGAUUUAUAUCAUAUUAAAACAAAUAAUAUGUCUCAAGUGUCUAAUAGACAUUCAGUCAUGGAUAAUCUAUCGCAUGACAAUUCCUUAGUACAAAUUGAUCAGUUAUCAUUUAUUCCCAAACAAACUGAUAAUUUUGUCAAUAAUCUAGGAAGUAAUCAAAAUAUGAUUUUAGAGACUGGGAACAAUCGUUUUAUCUUUUCCGAAAAUGGUGGUAGCUAUAUUGAAUUGACUUUGAAAGAAAAUGAUGUGUUAAAUAGUGAUGAAAAUGAAUUUUAUACGGUACCACAGUCUAGAUCUGUUCAAAAUAAUCAUAUUGCCCAGAAAAUAGUGUCGAUAGACGAUCUAAGUUUAUUAUCAUCUCCAAAAUCACAUCAUAAUGUAGAGUUACUAGUCAAUCACGAAGAAUUAGUGGAUGAUAUUGACACUUGUGAUAUAGCAGUUGUUGAUGAAUCACAAAUUCCACUUAACAGUAGUCAGUUAAAAGGAAGACUUGAUGUAGGAUCUGAAAGUGUUUCACUUGAUGUUGAUCAUCAUCAACAUAGUUCAGGUUUUCAAAGAAUGUCAAAAGAAACAAUUGAAAAGAUAGCAGAAGAAUUUGUUAGACAACCACAAUGCAUUGAUGAAGAUAUAAGUAUUAAUUUUAUUAGUAGAAUUAAUCCAAAACCACCAGCUCUAAUAGAAUAUUGGUGUGAAGAUUGUAAUAAGCUUUAUCAAAAUGAAUCAAACUGUCCAAUACACCAAGUGAGUAGUAUCAUCGACCUAGCUGUACAAACGAGAGCUAGAGCGUCAUUACCUGCUACACAUUUAAGAAUCAUGAAAAUUAAAACUCAAGAAAUUGUAAAUAAUAAGUUUGGAGUAUUUGCAAGAAAAACAGUUCAAAAACAUACUCAAUUUGGUCCAUUAGAGGGUAUUAAUAUCAAAGAUGAAGAGUGUGCUGAAGAGUCUAUCAAUGAUGAAUUUAAAUAUUUGUUGGAAGUAGAUAAACAGUUUAGACGAAUUGAUGUGUCAAAUGAAGAUAAAUCCAAUUGGAUGUGUUUUGUGCGACCAGCAAAAACAAAACAAGAACAGAACAUGAUUGUUGACCAAAUCGGAGAUUAUCUUUAUUUUACAACUACAAGAGCCAUUUACCAACGAGAAGAGUUACUCGUUGGAUACAGCACAUUUUAUGCACAUAAACGAGGCCUACAAGUAUUGCCUGCAGUAAUCAAUCAUGGCAUUUCUCCUCCUCUUGCACGAAAAACGUUUAAAUCGUUGAAAAUAUCGCAGGAGUUGAACAAACCAUCUGAGCAUUUUAGAAAUCAUUUAUCGAGCAAAGGAAAAAUGAUGAGAACAUCAUCAACGACUUGCAAGCAUAUGACAUUAAAAAGAAAAUUUUCCAAUCGAUUUGGUAAAAAUAAUGCACAGUGUAAUAUUUGCGUCAAUGCACAGAAUAACUCUAAAAACACCUAUAAAAUGAAAUUAAGAGCAAACAAUAGCAUCAAACAUAUUUGGCUGUGUGUGGCCUGUGAUUUGAAAUUCUCAAAACGUGAAACCAUUUUAAUACACAUCAAAUUGCAUGAAGACGAGUUUGAUGUUGAACAAGUUACGUUAACCGAUACCACUUGUCCGGAAUGUAAUUCUGAGUUUCAUCAAACCGAAGAACUAAUUAAACACGUUUACGUGCACAGUUUCACGGAUAACCGAAUGGGCUUAGGUGGUACCUUUUACAACUGUUAUCAGUGUGAUAGGAGAUACAGGAAUGCCAUUCAUCUAAGGUCUCAUCAAGCAAAACACAAGGAAAAUGAACUCAAGCCGUACAAAUGUAACAUGUGUGAUAAGCGUUUUUUGAACACUGUCGUGUUAACGUGCCACGUGCGCACCCAUUUUGAGGGUGUAAUUUACGACUGUCCCAUGUGUCGUUUGACGUUUGUCGAUUUGAAAUCAUUAAAGGGACACGUACAUUCCCACGCGGUGAACAACAUCUUCUAUUGCCCGAUGUGCCCACUCCAAUUCAAUACUUAUAAGUUGAUCAGAAAGCACAUCCGAGCCCGGCAUCAUGGCAUUGAGUUUGGUUGCGAAUAUUGCAAUAGCUCGUUUAGUAGUCGUUUCAAUCUCAAUGUACACAUGCUCAGUCAUUCGGACCAAAGAGAUUUUUUGUGCACCAUGUGUGGUAAACAGUACAAGAGGAAAGACAAACUGAAGAUACAUAUGAAUAAAGUUCAUUAUUCCAUAAAAAAGCCAUCGAAAACUCAGUUAAAAUUAGAAGCUAGAGCGGAAAAAAAAGCACAACAAAUUCAAUUGAAAACAACAAAAACAAUGUUGGAGUACGAAAGUUCUGAGUUCAAGUGUGAUAAAUGUUUGGUGGGUUUCAAAAGAAGAGGCGUUUACGUCAAUCAUUUGGCACUGAGACAUCCCGAAAUAAGUCUUGACUCUGUGCCGUCGCUCAACCAACCCGUCAUGCCUAAAGCCAAAAUGUACAUGUGUUUGUACUGUGAUAAGAUGUACAAGACUAAUGCUAAGCGGAAAUCGCACAUACUUAAAAACCACCCGGAUUGCGAACUACCCGAAAAACCGACUGAUAAAACGGUUACCAUCGAUGACAACCCGCCCAGUCAAAUAGAUACUGUUGCCACUGCGUCGUCUCAGGCGCACAGUUGCCAGUGGUGUUACAAACAAUACGUGCUAAAACAUAAACUUAUAAGACACCAACGGGCACAUCACUACCACUUGUUGCCUCCGUCCCUUCAAGAACCAAAACCAUCAAAAAAGCUCGGACAUAAAGUAAAAAAAAUAGACCAACCCCCUCAAACGGUUAAUAUUCAGUUUACCGAUACAGACGGUUUCGAAUUAACGGCCACCGACAUACAGCUGGACAAUCCAAUCGAACCGGGCAGCAUAAUAGCCAUCAAACGGCCCAUAAAAAACAAUUCCGAGUACAUGACGCAGGCCAUGCGAGACUUGGGCUUGAGCGCGGCCGACGACGGUCUGAACGAGGAGCAGUACUACCGGAUAUUGGACACGCAAGGCGACGUGGCUUACGCGCAGGCCAUCGAUCCGCCGGUCACCUUACUCACGUUCGACGGCCAGACCAUUCAACAGGUGCUGUCUUCUUGCGUGCCCGAUGAGUUACCGAUUGCUGACGGCCGCGCUACAAUGACGACGACGACCGGAGGCAACUGUACGACGACGAAUGAUGGUCUUCAGUAGCAACACCACCUCACGUACCUGGUCAUCGUCUUCUCGGUCCGUCAGACGCCCAAGACAACGUGCCGCUUGCUCGCUCUGUGUUUACAAGUCAGGACGUGCCAAUGCGAGUGACCUAGUCGGGUCAUGUCGAGACAAAAAUUCCCGAGCAUCGAUCGUUGUGUUUCCAGCCGAGUCGUGUAUCGUUUUAAUAAUUAUUAUUCCUCUCCUCUUCUCGCGGAUCUGAUACGGGGAGACACGACUCUGGCCUCGGUUGUUGUUUGCGGAAAACUUCCGAGUCGUGUCUUGUUGCGUACCGACGCAUAAAUAAGUGUCACAGACUUUUGGCCGGUUCGCAGGUCGAAUAUGAAUUAGGGUAUAACUUUAAAAAUAAGUAUUACCAGAGUUUCGAACUAAAUGCGACGCACACGCAUACAUAUUAUAUACCUAAUUUAUGUAUGUGUUUGCCCGUGUCGGUAUAAUGACGCGAUAUCACGUUGCUCUUCCUUUUGGGCUUUUUGUCCUACACACAAUAUUUUUGAUUUUAUUUUGGAAAUUCUCGCCUAAGUGUGUUGCGCUACGAAUAUAACCGCUGUAACAUUUACUGGCCAACCAAUGUAUCGUCUGCUAGUGUGAUCGCGAUUGUAAUAAUAUAAUAAUUAUAUUAUUACAAUCGCGUAUACUAUAACUAUUAUAGUAUACGACAUGUGCAUAGUCAUAUUAUAAUUAUGUGUUCCGAAUCACAAGUUCCUUGUUUAAAAUAAUUUUGUGAUAUUAUUGUUUUUUAUUUUAUAUGCUUGCAUGAUUUCUUCUGUGUUACUGUACAAUUUUUAUUUUGAAAACAAGUCUUAAGUUAUUGUUGUUUUGAAAUUUAUCUUUGAAUAAGCAGAGUGUGUCAUAAUAGUUUCACAAUUUUACAUUAAAAUUGCAUGUAAAUAGUAUGACACUUCUUCAAUGAUCUUCUCUUCUGCGCUAUGUAUGUAAUAUAUAAACCGAUAAGUAAAUAAAUAAUUAAUAUUAUAUAUUAUUAUAUUGAUAUACAUCACCUUAAUGAAACUUAAGUUAUUAAUAUUCGAUACACUUUUUACCUAAUAUAUUUGUCUAAAAGCUUAUCUUCCCUAUAUUAACUAUCUAGUUGUGGUUUUUUAUAAUAUAACUAUAAACUAUUAUGGAAUUGAGAUUAUUAUUAGUAAAUUGUUGACGUAGAUUUAUUUUUAAUUAUAUGUUAUAGUUAGAUAAUGUGCAUCAGUUUAAUUGUUUAUCUAUUGCCUAGAUAAAAUGUCAUGUUAAUUUGUAUUAAUAUAUAAAUACAUGCAGGAAAAAAAACAAAAUAAUGACAUUGCCUCAGGGUAUUAAGUUGAUAAUUUAUUAAGUUGGACAUCUAACACGGUUUUUUGGUUGUGUAAUAGUAAUUCACCAUAGUUAUUUUAAUGUCUGAAAUUUGGUAAAAUAAAACGAAAUUACGUUAUUUUAUUAUAUCGGUAAUGUAUUGAAGGUAAUUAAUUAUUAAUUUGGUACAUAUUACAAUAAUUUAAAAUUUUAAGUCGCUUUUAUGCAAAAUAGUUAUCGUUCUUUUGUAAUGUACAUAAACUAUGCGCAAUGUUAAUUAUAUUGGGAAAUAUACCAAUUUCAUAACGAAAGAUUUGUGUUUCUUAGAAUGCAUUACCUAUCAUAAAUAUUUUUGUACUUAAUUACAUGAAUUUAUUUUUAUGAUUCCUUAUCCUCUAAUUUGUAUAAAAUAAAAAUUAUAAUAAUUUUAAACAUUUUUUUUUAGGAUUUAUUAUGAAAAAUAUAUUUUAAAACAGAAAUACACUGUAUUUUAUGUGUACUUGUAUCUAAGAUAGGUUAGUUUGUAUCGUGUACCUUUUUUUUUACAUUUGUUCAAUUUAUCUCGUGUAUUGUACUUAUACCUAUCUAGAUACAUGUUUCUUUGGUUGGAUACUUGGAUGGUGUAUCUUAUAUCGUUUUUAUUUAUUUUGUGUUAUACAUUAGAAAAAAAUUAAGAAACAUAUUUCCAAGAAAAAAACAAAAGAAACGUAUAACCAUUUAAUUAAGUUUUUACAUCAUUUUAUUUCCAAAGCUGAUUGCCGGAAUCAUAAAACAAGUUCAAAACUGUGUGUAUACUACAAAUUAUUUUUGAGUUUGUAAUAAAAACAAAAACCGUACUAUUAAAACGCAAAUAAUGUUAUACCUAGUAACUAAAGGUAAACAAAUCAAAGUAUCUAGUAUCUUUUUGAAAAUUCAUCUUGUAUUCUUGUCUCUUGAGUUGUCGUUCAAGCAUCUUGUCUACAUACUUGUUAUAUAUUAAUAUAAAAUAAUAUUUUAUAA